AAGAAGGCGAUGAUGGUCUGCUUCUGCUCCUUGCUGGAGCAUUUGCCAUAUUGCUCAUUUUGGUUGUACCGCAUUGAACAGGAUGUCAGUCAAACUAUCUAUUGCGGUGUUUGUUGGGGACCCGUUGGAUUAUACCAAAAAGCGACACACCGCUAUUCACGUGGCGUUCGCGGACGGUGACCAGAGUCUGCUGCAUAUCGUUGGAGCACAUGGGUUCUUUGAGUUUGAAGACAGUGUUGGGAAGGACCCUCAGGCCAGUGCUAAACUCGCAACCCUAAUCGAAGUCCCCACAACUUCGAAGUCGCUCUCGAAACAGGAUAUCAAGCGUGCCUGCGAACAAACGCGAAUCGAAAAUAGCCCUGGAAAUCAUGACUGGAACUGUCAAAAUUGGGUCGGAGAUGCCCUUGGAAGUCUGGUUCAAACUGGCCUCUUAACCGUCCAAGCGCGUGAUCAUGCGAUUGACCAGAUGGCAGAAGCUUGCGUCGAGGCAACUGAUGGGUAGUUCGCCUAUUUGAACGUCUUAUUGGAAUAGGUAGAAUGGCUCACUAUCACCAUCACCAUUUGUAGGAGAACGGUCUACUAUUCCCAUCCCGCCCCCUUACUGCGGAAGCUUCAAAGUUGUCUGGCGUAAAGACAAGAGCAAAUUCUCUUAUAAUACCCACUCUACUGGUUAGCUGUCUUCAAUCAGUGCCAUUCCAACGUCUGAAUCUGUACUGGAUGUUCAAAGUAGCUCAAAAAAGCUCAAUUGUGC